ACCAACACUAUCGUCACAAUGCAACUUCCACUACGUAUUGUACUGCUGUACAUGUUGGUAAUACGCAGCAGAUUCGCGGGAAAAUUUGUUGCUUGAGAAAUACAAUUGUCAGUUGAAGAUCGGUCUCUGAACAUGACAUGCUAUUGUGAUAUAUCAGCAGUGUAAAUAUCACAGAAAUUAUGCCGCGGGAUAUAAGAUCUUAUUUUACGGUCACAUCUCAGAAGAAGAACAGUGAACCCGUUGUACCAAAACCUAAAAAGAGACGUGUUAUCUCGUCAGACGAAGAUGAGGAAAAACCGAACUCGUCUGUAAAACGUUCCAAGAUUGUACAAAAGAUAAAAAAAGUUUCUGCUUUAUCUGAUUCUGAAGAUGACGAAGAGAUUGUUCGGAAAGAUCAGAAACAUUCUAAACAAUCGAAAGCAAAUAAGGAGAAAGAAAAUGGAAAGCAAUGUCAAGAGAUCUCUUCAAGUGACAUCUUUGGUAAAAAGCCAAUAACGAGAGUAGAAGAGACCAAAGUGAGCUGGAAGUUGCAGAAAGCGGAAUCUGAGUUUCACGAUGAUGAUGAUUUUGAUGCUGUACUUAAACAAUUGGAUGGUAUGGAAGCAGCGAAUGCAGUUAAAGAUGAAAAUAACAUGAAAGGUACAGAUGUCUCUAAAGAUUUCAAGAUGCUAAGUCAGACAGAAGUGAAACCUAGUAAUAACGAAGACCACAAUACCAGCCUGAAAGAUUCUCAAAAUAAAAGAAAUGAAGCAGUCAAAGAGGAAACUAAAGAGACAAAAAAAUCUAGUAAAAAAUCAUCUAAUGAAAGUAAUAAAGCGCAUUCAAACAUUGUUACAAGGUCUCCUUUAAAACGGAAAUUAGAAGAAGAGGAGAAAGGUAGCUCGAGCUCCAAUGACAAUUUAGAUAGAAAUAUCAAAUAUAAUAAUGCAUCUAAGAGAUCAAAGUCCAAAAAUCUGGAAAUUACAUCGAAAGUGUCCACGUCGAAAGAAGCUAGAGACGCAAAAAGACGAUCACCAGAUCGAAAGAAAGCUAAGACCGUGGACUUGUUUGAAGAAAGGGUAGAAAAGAAGAAGCAACGUUCUGCGAUGUACGAGAAAUACCUUCAGAGAGGUGGCGCCAGAAAUCCUGGUUCGAAAGAGAUACCUAAGGGUGCCAUAAAUUGCUUAGCUGGUGUAACUUUCUUGAUUACCGGCGUUUUCGAUUCCUUGGAAAGGAACGAGGCUGACGAACUAAUACAGAAAUAUGGCGGUCGUACGGUAAACGCGGUAUCGGGGAAAGUCAAUUAUAUCAUCGUGGGAGACGAGGCCGGCCCAGCUAAAUUGGCGAAGGCUAGCAGUUUGGGCAUUGAACAAAUAUCUGAGGAUGAUCUCCUGGAAAUGAUCCGCACGAGACCGGAAGGUCAAGCCCGAGAUAUCAAGCCAGCUGCGAUGAGAGGCAAACCACAUGCGAAAAAAAUGUCGAAUAAAUCUGAGAGCGAUAAAUCGUCAUCACCGUACAAAACGGAAACGUCUUCACCUGAGAAAGUAGAAACGCCAUCAUCUUCGUCAGGAAAGACAAAAACGUUAUCGCCAUCAACACAGAGUUCAAGUACAAGCAGUAAUUCUCAGGAGAAAACCACAAGUGUUGGCUCGCAACCUUUAGUCGAGAAGUACAGACCCAGGACAAUGAAGCAGAUUAUAGGUCAGCAAGGAGAUAAAAGCAGCGCGAAUAACCUGUACGUAUGGCUGCGCGACUGGCACAAAAAUCGUCAGGAUCCAAAAUUCAAGGACGGCACCGGUAAACAAACGCAUGGACAGAGUUUCAAAGCUGCAUUGCUGUCCGGCCCGCCAGGUGUUGGCAAAACGACGACCGCGCAGGUUGUUUGUAGGGAGCUGGGCUACGAUCUUGUAGAAUUCAACGCCUCCGACACAAGAAACAAGACGCUGCUGAAGGAAGAAGUCUCGGGAUUGUUAUCCAAUACUACAAUAAAAGGUUACGUUACAGGUGCUAAACAGAAAAUUACGAACAAACACGUACUGCUAAUGGACGAGGUAGAUGGUAUGGCCGGCAACGAGGAUCGCGGUGGCCUGCAGGAAUUAGUUAGUUUGAUGAAGAACACGGAGGUACCGAUUAUCUGCAUAUGCAAUGAUCGAUUUAACACGAAGGUGAAGACUAUCGCCACGCACAGUUACGACUUGAGGUUUUCCAAGCUCAGAGUGGAACAGAUCAGGAGUUCCAUGAAAUCCCUGUGCUAUAAAGAGAGCAUCAAGAUUUCGACGGAAGACCUGGAUCGCCUGAUCGAGUCGACAAAUCAUGAUAUUAGACAAGUGAUAAAUCAUUUGGAAUUUUUGGGUUCGCCCAGUCAGACGACCCACGUUGAGAAGACCGACAGGAAACACGCGAACAAGAAUUUCAAACUUGGUCCCUUCGAUGUCGUAAAAAUGGCGUUCAAUGCGCAAGAGCAGAAAAAUAUGAGUCUCAACGAUAAAAUUGGCCUAUACUUUCACGAUUACAAUAUCGCUCCCCUUUUCGUGCAAGAAAAUUACUUGGGAGUCAGAUUAUCCCAAGUGUCGACUACCGAGAGGCUGCAGAGAAUUGCCAACGCGGCCGAUAGCAUAUCUCAGGGAGAUCUCGUCGAGAAAGUAAUGAGAAGCAACAUGAUGUGGAGUCUGCUCCCGUUGCAUGCUUGCUUCUCGUUCGUUAUACCGAGCAGUGAGAUGUCAGGAGGUCUCGAUGCGCUAGUACGAUUCCCGAGCUGGUUCGGGCGAAAUUCUAAAGCGACGAGAUUUAAUAGAUUGAUGCAAGAAUUAACGACGCACACGCGAUUGGCCACAGGCUCGAGCAAAGAUGCCUUGAACAUGGAUUACAUGGUGCACAUCCGAAACGCCGUCACGAGACCGUUGAUAAAUAACGGUACCGAUGGUAUAGAAGAAGCAAUUAAUGUCAUGGGAAAGUAUCAUCUAACGAGAGAGGACUUGGAUUCGAUCAUAGAGAUUUCUCAAUGGCCAGGAGUUCGCGAUCCUACGAGUAAUCUUGAUAGCAAGGUAAAAGCAGCAUUUACGCGAGCAUAUCAAAAAAAUCCGCCUAUGCUACCGUAUGCAAUUAGCAGCAAUGCUACGGCAAAGAAAAGAUCUACACAGAGCGACGACCUCCCAGAAGAAGAAGAAGAAGAAGACGAAGAGGAGAAUGACGACAUCGAAGCCGACAAAAUGAUUAAGGCAAAGAAACCUACUGCUGCUAGCUCUAGCAAAGCAGCCAGUACAUCGAAGAGAAAUGGCGAACGAACUAAACGUGGAAGAGGACGCGGCAAAAUGAAAUAGAAGACAAUAGUGAAGAAUGGAAUGUAAAUUUUAUUUAGAAAAAGGUGGGAUGACGUUAAUACAUCGCGAGCUCUCGCAUAUUAUUUCUUCGAAUCGAUGAGUUUUUACAUGAUCGUAAAAUAAUUUGUAUCACUUGCUAAAUUUAUAUGAUGCGUGGUCGACGCAGUGAUUUUUAAAUGUUGCCAUCUCGCUUGCUCUCGUUUACUCUUCAAAAUAUAUCAUUAUUCUUCCA